GGGAAGAAGAUCUGCAGCGCAUGUGCGCUUUUCACCAGCAGUCUAUAGCAAAGCCUCAAGAGAAAGAGAAGGGGAGAAGUUAAGCUGAGCAUCUGACUCCAUUUAAAUUUAAUAUCAGGACCAUAAUCUGCAUCUCUAAUGCCACCAUCCAAUGAGCUUCACGUCACUAUUUGCCCAAAAGGGAAACGACCUAAACCUAUUUGUAUUGGCCCAGACAAGUAUAAAUGCAGGUUCUGCAACAGGAUGGGGGAGUAUGCUGCGCUUGUCGCUCACAUACAAACUCAUGAGAAAACAGCGAUUGAAUUUCAAGAGAAAAAAAUCUACAAAUGCAACCUAGGAUGCAGUAAAAGCAGUCACUACCAUUGUUGCUGCUGCAAGAGGACUAUAAUCUCACGAAAUUACUUCACAGAACAUAUACACAAAUGCAGGAUAUCCAUAAACAUGCAGCUGCACACAUCAUGUAGCUCUUCACUCGUCCCCAGUACUUCAAAUGCAUCUUCUAGUCACUUGACCCCACCAGUCAACACCUCAGUCCCUAUAUGCAGUGACAAUAAUCUCUCGGACCCUCAGUGCAGUGAAGACAGUGCCACAGGGAGCCUGAACGUCCUUGAUAUUAAAGUCAAGUCUCCCAGUCCUCCAUCUUCACCUACUUCUUUGCCUGCCCCAGUUACACCCUCUAACAGCCAGGAUAUUCUUAUGUCUGUGAACCCAAUGCACAAUAUCUGUGCUGGAAGUCUCAAAGUACUGACAUCAAGGCCCAAACGAAUCACAUGCUGCUUCUGCAAUUUAAUUCUGAAUAAGAAAAACAUCAAAGUUCACAUUCAAAGACGGCACAUGUCGGCUAAUCCAGACUUGCUGCAAAAGAACGGACUAAACCAUACACACAUUGCCUCUGGAAACAUGGAGGACCUGGUAGUAGAAGGCAUUACACUCAAGAUGCUUAACGAUGCUCGGGGGACGGUCAUGAGCAGCCCUUUGGGAGUAAUCAAAACACCCAUGAUCCUCUUGAGCCAGACCACACUGCCCCUCCAUGUGCCCUGUAAUGCCUAUCUGAAGUUGGAGAACAUGCAAAGGACAGGGUCAUUUAAGAUUAGAGGUGUAGCAAAUCAGUUUGCUCGAAGAUCCAGCGGGGGCCAUUUUGUCACAAUGUCUGCUGGGAAUUAUGGGAAGUCCUUUGCUUAUGCCUCUAAACACUAUGGAACUAAAGGCAAAGUGGUGAUGCCGGAAACAGCUCCAAUCUCCAGAUCUCUUCUAAUACAAAGUUUUGGCAUCGAGGUCGAACGAGUGCCAACCACAUGUCUUAUGGAUGUUGUCAACCGAUGUGUUCAAGAGGAAAAAAUGACUUUUCUUCAUUCCUACAAUGAUCUGGAUCUCAUAGCAGGACAUGCCAGUCUGGGGUUUGAGAUCCUGGAGGUGCUUCCUAAUCCUGAUGUGGUAGUAGUGUGCUGCGGUGGAGGGGGUUUACUGGCCGGAGUAGCAGCAGUCAUUAAGCUGUCAGGUUGUGAGGAUACAAGAAUUUAUGGAGUUGAACCAGAAGGAGCAUGCACCAUGUACAAAAGCUUCAUUGAGAAAAAACCUGUUGGCAUGGACAGCAAAAGCAUUGCCUCUGGUCUUGCACCACCCUUUGCAGGUGCCCUGCCUUAUGCAAUGUGUCAGAAGUAUGUAGAGCAGAUCGUGUUGGUGACUGAUGAUGAAAUCAAGUCUGCUGUUUCUGCUCUCUACAAAUCUGGCCUAGUCGUAGAACCCUCAGGAUCUGCUGCCUUUGCUGCCUUCAUGAACAACAGAAUACCAGACAUUACUGGCAAGAAUGUUGUGGUAAUACUGAGUGGAGGAAAUAUCGGCAAAGAUGAACUCUCCAACUUCCCGGAUUGAUUUAUACAUAAUACCUGUGUCCUCAAUUAGAUCUGUUGAAAGAUUUUUGGGGAGUGGAUAAAGACCAGACAGAUAAACAUCCUUAUUUUUCAAUCAUGGAAAACACUAAAAUCAAAUAAUUUGGUUGCAUAAUAAAAUAACAGGUUGUUUCAAAUUUCUGAGCUUAUGAUGUUUUUUUUCCUGUCACUUUUCUUACAGUCAUAUUCCUAUAAGCAUUUUAUCUUUUAAAGAACCACACACAUACCACUUUUAGUGCCAGCUAGUGUUUCCUUCACCAACAUGGAGGAAAAUAUCCUUCUCACAUACACUCCUGGCUGUGGAUGCUUAUAGCUAGAGCUUUAGGACUCAAGAGACAUUUUUUUUGUAUUGAAUUGGACUUUUCACUGACUUAUUGGCAGUUGUACUUGGACUUGUCUGAGUCUUUGGCCAUGGUCUAGUUCUUGAACAUGAGUUUGUAAAAUAAUGUCUGUGUUCUUUCCUCUCACUGAAAAGAAGUCAUUCUUUCUUCUAGAAAACAGCUUAAUAUGUGCAAGAAUGAUAUGUAAAUGAAGCCAGCUAGUUGAAGUAAAUGCUUGAAGUAAAGGCCUUA